GAUGUUCGCCAGUACACCCACCUAACCACCAAGCUGGUAAGGGACUGGCGCAAGAGGCCCGGUGGACGCGGAGGAGAUGUUUGCCCCAGCAUCAGCUUGGGAGUGGUGCACAGCUUUCUCAUUUGGGCCAUCUCGGCCGGCCUCGAGGUGGUCGGCCUGGACAUAAAGGACGGCUACCUGCAGGUGCCACAGCCAGCCCCUGCAAUCGGCGAGGUGACCUACGUUCUCGAGCGCCUUCUCCCAAAGCAAAGGAUUGGGGCUAGUGCAUGGUAUCACUUCGCAAAGGACUUGCUGAAGGAGGCGGGUAUGGAGAACUAUGUCAAGGAACCCACGCUUUUCCGGAGCCAGCCCAGCAAGGAGCGAGCAGGAAUGAUCUUGCAUGCGGACGACGGGUUGCUCGCUUCUUCCGCCCGAGAAAGAAAGCGUAUCCUCGGAGUGCUGAGUUCACGGGUCACCUGGCUCCAGGUGAGCAAGCCAUUGGUUGAGCCCAGGGACGAGAUAGAGUUCCUCAAGCGCCGCUAUGUACUGAGCAAGGAAGGCAUUGUGGUUUUCCCAAACAACCGUUAUGCAGAGGUGCUCUUUGAAGGUGUUGGGACAGGUGCUAAGCCCCGGGACACCCCAACUGACAACAGCUUCUUGGAAGGGGACACCAGCCGAGAGCUGGAGGUUGCUGAAGCCCGCAAGUACAGAGAAGCCGUUGGGAGGCUCUUGUAUUUGAGCCACUCAAGAGGUGACUUGCAAUUUGCAACUUGUAUCCUUGCAAGCAAGAUGGCCCAGCCCACGGCUAUGUCUUGGAAAUGGUUGCAAAGGGUGAUUGGUUAUUUGAGGAAGGUCCCUAUGGUGGGCAUCGUCCUGAAGCUAGCUCGUCCAGAAGCCUGCUUCGGCUACGGUGGAAAAGCCAGCAACUUAGGGCCUGGAGCAAGGGUGUUGUUGUGGAAUCGAUCACCGACGCUGACUGGGCAGGCGACAAGCAGACCCGGCGGCGCCCGGCGGUCGCGAACAUCAAUUCAGAUCUUCGUUGCGGGCAGCAUGGUUGCAAGCUUUGUUCGGAGCCAGCGCUCCAUAGCACUGUCAA